AUGGAGGGCACGAAGAACACCACAGAAGCGGAUCCGCAGACCGAGGAAGACAUCAUCCAAGCAGUAAUGGAUAAGUUGCCUUCGUCUCUAAGCAACCAAUCGCGCCUCUUCUACUGGAAAGUCGAGAUGGCACGCUCCGCAUACCGAAAGGACGAUUUUGAGUCUUGCAAAGCACAAUGCCAGGAACUGCUGCAGCAGGCCUUCCUGCCGGACUAUGCACGGGUCAAAACAUUACAUUUGAUCUGCGGUGUCGUGUCCCUUUCGGAGGCUGAUCGGUAUCUGGAGCAAGCGUUGAAGCUUUGCCAGGACAUCGAGAAGACUGAUGGCAAAGCUGCUGUGCAGUGGUAUUUCGACAAGACGGCGGAGAUACAAGAGUGGUUGAAGACGAAGGCGUCGGAUGAAGCGUCGACCGACGACCCAACCGUACAUCCUGACGGCGAGCAAAGUGUUUCCGAUACAAAGGGCACGGGGACAGCAGAGUCCUCGACUCAACCGUGA